CUUAAAUCGUGGACCAAAAUUUUCGACUUUCAUGAGCGAACCGCGACGACAGUGACAGCUUGCUUGCUAGCGCUCGCAAGCAUCAAACAGAGCUCCGGCAAACUUUAUGCAGCUGUAGUAGUUUGAGUGGACAAACAGACAGACGAUUGAACUAUGCCGUCAAUUGCCCCUGUAAAGGGAACGCGCAAGGAGGAGCUGGUAGAGCGCCUCAAUGACACCGACGGUUCAGCCUCCGACUCGGAUGCAAGUUCAUCGGCGUCCCACAGCGACAGAGCUGCUACAGAUUCAGACUCUCUAGACAGCGUCAGCCCCCGGAAACGGCGCCGCACCUCUCCCGUGGCUCAUGAGGAUGGUGAUGAUGAGGAGCCCAAGGUCAUCAAGUCUGUCAUCAAUGUACCGUCUCGCAUAAAGCGCAGCCAGCCUCAGGCCGAGAGUAAGGUCACCGCCCGGCCAAGCGACACCGAAGCCGAACCGACAUCCCGGAUCACGGCACCGUUGGAUGCCAACACCACUUUCGAGUCACUUGGUGUCCGGCCAUGGCUCGUGCAGUCACUUGCAAACAUGGCCAUCAAGCGGCCAACCGCCAUUCAGCGAGAGAGCAUCCCGAUGCUGCUCAAGGGAAGAGACUGCAUCGGCGGGAGCAGGACUGGUUCAGGUAAAACGGUGGCCUUUUCCGUCCCUAUUCUGCAGAAAUGGGCCGAGAAUCCGUCUGCCAUCUUCGGGCUCAUCCUAACCCCGACUCGAGAGCUUGCGCUCCAGAUCUACGAGCAAGUCAAGGCGAUCUCCUCGCCACAUUCGCUCAAAGCUAUCCUAGUCACGGGUGGUGCAGAUAUGCGGUCGCAGGCCAUCGCCCUGGCCCAGCGGCCACACAUUGUCAUUGCUACCCCUGGCCGCCUGGCCGACCACAUCCGCACAUCCGGCGAAGACACGAUAUGCGGACUCAGACGCGUCCGCUUUGUAGUACUAGACGAGGCCGACCGACUUUUAGCGGCCAACGGACCGGGAAGCAUGCUCCCGGACGUGGAAGAGUGUCUGGGCGCUCUUCCGCCGCCAGCCGAGCGACAAACCCUGCUCUUCACGGCAACCAUCACGCCAGAAGUGAUGGCGCUCAAGAGCAUGCCCCGGCAGCCGGGACGCGACCCGGUCUUCGUGUGCGAGGUGGACACCGACAACUUGGCGAUACCAAACACGCUCAAACAAAUGUACUUCCGGCUGCAGGUCACGCACCGCGAGUACUACCUGCACACGUUCCUGCUCACCCCGGCCAACGCGGAGAAGUCGGUCAUCAUCUUCUGCAACCGGACGUCGACCGCCGACUUCCUGCACCAUCUCCUGCGCCUGCUCGACCACCGCGUGACGGCGCUGCACUCCAAGCUGCCGCAGCGGCAGAGGAUUGACAACCUGGCCCGCUUCCGCGCCUCCGCCGCGCGGAUCCUGGUCGCCACCGACGUGGCGGCCAGAGGGCUGGACAUCCCCGAGGUGAAGCUCGUCAUCAACUACGACGUCCCACGGGAUCCGGACGACUACAUCCACCGCGUCGGUCGUACGGCGCGUGCGGGGCGGAAGGGUGAGGCCAUUACCUUCGUGGGACAGCGUGAUGUCGAACUGGUGCUUGCCAUUGAGAACCGCGUGGGCAGGCAGAUGGAGGAGUGGCAGGAGGAGGGCGUGAACCUGGAGACGAGGUUGACCAAGGUGAUGAAGCUGGUCGGGGAGAAGAAGCGGGAGGCGUUGUUGGAGGUGGAGGAGCAGAGGGAGGUCGGCGGAAAGAGGAAGAGGGGGAAGCUGAAGCUGAAUAUG